AUGUAUAGACCGUAUCUGCAGCAUAACAAGGCAAAAGAUGGCCAACGGAAGGUCUCCCCUCCCGGGCCAUCAUACAUGUCCGACGAUCAGGUUGCAAAUUAUCUGAAGGACCUCCGGACAAAUAGGCCAACCCGCCCAGGUGGAUCGAGGCCACUCCCUACGACGCCAGCUGAGUCGAAUCCUCGAGAGGACCUCCCUCCAAGGGCAGCAUCAGCGAUGUCUUCAUACUCAAAUUCGAGGAUGCCGUCAACCACCACAGCGGGCGAUAGGGAGCCGCCCCGCGCUACCAGUUCUUUAUCUAACCAUCGUCCCGUAUCUUCUCGAGGAUCCAUAGGCAGUCCGGCAGGACGACCGCUGGUCCAAGAACCCCGAAUGGUACCUGUUCGGAAGAACGUCUCGCCAACGCGGGUUUUCUCUCGUCCCAGCCCCCCAUCUCCAAACACAGCAUAUCGCGAGAGUUACCGGCGUCGAUUUGAAAGGGAGGAAGCCCAAUCCCUCCGAGAUGCGCUGCAAGAAAUGGAUAUCCAAGAUGACAUUCGCCUCCAUGAAGCUGCCCAAGAUGAGGCUACGGAACUGGUUUGGAUGCACCAAAACCCUGGAUUGCCCUUCAAGAACCCAUACGCUCCUUAUCGUAAUCCCGAUAUGGAAAGAUUCAGUCAAGGAUCAGAUAAGAGUGGCGUUUUAAUUGGCCAUGCUCUCGCUUCCAAAAGCCCACGGGGGGACAGUUAUCGUCUCAGGUCAGACUACUACUCAGACUCACCCAGCAGACGCGCCGAGGAACAGCAACCUGCUUCGGACGAACCAAAUUCCAGCCCCAGAAAGAAUGGCACACUCCGAAAGAAUCUUAAAGUUGACUUUUCCUUGCCUCAAAACGGGAGCCCAUCAAAACGAACGAGCAGUGGCUAUGGACUGGGCCUCGGGAGUAUCAGCAAUGGCUCGUCAAAGGGUGUUUUUCGAAACCCCAACGACCACAUAUAUGAAGAGCCUGGGGAGUCUCAGUAUAUGGAUGAUGAACGUCCUGAUUUCUCAAGAUCCGAUUCGUCAGCCUUAAAAGUCAAACCACGUAAUGCCCUGCCUCGAGGCUCGAGACCCCUCUCUGGCCGAUUUGGUAGCCUUUCGUUCGUCGAUAAACUGUCUCGUUUUGAACUACAUAAGCAUCCCCCAACGCAGUCAAGAAAUCCUGAGUAUAAGGCCAACGACCCCCUUCCCCAGGCACAUCCGAAUGAUGAACAGGCUAUCCCGAAAAAAGAUGGAAUUGAGAUUCGAAGUGACGAAAUUCGAGCAGCGACAAGUAAGAAGCUCAAAGACCGAAGUGCAAGGCUGCCCAUGCCAACUGCCGUGAGUGAUCGCGCUGGCCGGCCGAUUGUGAGCUUUGAUCCAACCUGGAAGCCCACCGAGGCUCAAUCCCCAGGCAAAGAUAUCGACGUCGGAGCGCGCGAAUCUGCUUCACCAACGCCACCCCCUGCACCUUCCGCUCCUACAAUUGAGAUAUCCGAAGCACCUUCUAUCCCAGUGAUUAACCUACCGGAUGACAAGCCACCUACUAUUUCUGAGAUGGCCGGGUCGUCACAGGAUCGUAAGAAAGAUGAUACCUCUCUCCCGGCCUCACCCAACAGCAGCAAACGCUCAAAUCCAUUCCAGAGAAAGUCUCCAUCGUCGGCUCUGCAGAACCGUUGGCUAUCAACUUACAGUCGGGCUGGUGUCCCAACGGCGAAGUGCGAAUCAUGCGCUCUUCCGAUUUCUGGAAAAAUUGUCACUGCUGCCGGAUCGCGUUUUCAUCCAGAAUGUUUCGUGUGCCAUCAUUGUCAGACACCGCUUGAAUGUGUGGCCUUCUACCAAGAACCCGAUGCGAAACGUCAGGAACGACUGGCAGCUGUUUCGGAAGCCAACGAGGAGGCCCGUUUACUGAGGUUCUAUUGUCAUCUUGACUUUCAUGAAUUGUUCAGCCCGAGGUGCAAGAGCUGCAAGACCCCUAUUGAAGGAGAAGUGGUUGUAGCAUGUGGUGCUGAAUGGCAUGUCGGCCACUUCUUUUGUGCCGAAUGUGGUGAUCCUUUCGACCAUGAAACCCCGUUUGUAGAAAAGGAUGGCUUUGCAUGGUGUCUUCAAUGCCAUUCCCGGCGCACUGCUCCUCGAUGCUCAGGGUGCAAAAAACCAGUACUUGAUGAUGUUGUCAUCACAGCUGUCGGAGGUCAGUGGCAUGAUGAGUGCUUUGUCUGUCACGAAUGCAGUGCCGGGUUUGGGCCGGACGGCCGAUAUUUUGUCCGAGAAGGCGAGCCCAAAAGAACAGCAAAAGGCCGCAUCAUCGGAGGCCCAGUCCAGUUACCUGUAUGCGAAAGAUGCGAGGGCAUACGACUUAAGGCGUCGCCUCGGAUUCGAUGA